AUGGUGCUAAUGGUGAUCAUUUUCUUGCUACUUCUGUUCUGGGAAAACGAGCUGAAUGAUAAUGUUGUGAUGACAUCGUUAGAACACUUGAAUGUAGACUACCCUCAGAAUGGUGUUCCUCUAAGGUACUGCAACUAUAUGAUCCUCCAGAGAGGAAUAAGAGAACCUGACCACGCAUGCAAAAAGGAGCAUGUCUUCAUCCAUGAGAGGCCUCAAAAGAUCAAUAGCAUUUGUACUUCUCCCAAGAAAGUGCCUUGCCAAAACCAUUCUACUGUAUUAUGCUUCCAGAGCCAGACAAGGCUCAAAAUGACAGUCUGCCAGCUUAUUGAUGGCACCAGAUACCCUGCCUGUAGGUACCAUAUUUCCCUCACAACAGGGUUUGUGCUCAUCACAUGUGAUGGCUUUGGGCCAGUCAAUUUACAAGGAUAUAUUGAAUAA